AUGGAGCAGUUACAAAAUGCUAUCCCUUUCAUUGUACCUCAGCAGUACCACCUCAUAAACCACUCCCUGACCUGGUAUGAGGCCCAGAGCUACUGCAGAGUAAAGUACACCGACCUGGCCACCGUAAACAACAUGGAUGACAAGAACAGCCUGGUCAAUACGCUGGGCAGUCAUGUGACAAACAGCUGGAUCGGGCUUCAGAAAGGGGGGGCUAGCAGGUGGAUGUGGUCUGAUGGCAGCGGCAGAGCGCAAUUCACCAAGUGGAGUGACGGUGAACCCAAUAAUGUUGCAGGCAAUGAACAGUGUGUUGAGAUGUCUGAGACAGGCUCGUGGAAUGACAUACCAUGUGAAGAGAUCAAAGGUUAUGUGUGUUAUGAACCCACUCAAUCUCAAACAUUUGUGAUGGUCAAUGGUCUCCACCAAAUCCUAUGUGAUCAGGACGGCAAGAGAAGGUAUGUGUAUUACUCAGGAGGAAGGAGCUGGGUGAACAGUCAAGAUCUGUGUAGAAGUAAGAGGACUGACAUGGCCGAUGUAAGGAGCGAAACCGAAAAUUCUAGGAUUGUCAAUUUAGCCAAAACGUGGCUGCCCAACAAAGUGUGGAUUGGCCUGUUUAGAGAUACCUGGAUGUGGUCUGAUGGAAGAGAAACCUCCUUCAGGUACUGGCUGAGAGACUCGCAUUCUUGGGGAGACUGUGCUUCUGUUGCAGUGUCACAACAGGGGCGUUGGGUUGAAACUCAGUGUAACCAGAAGGCCACGUUUGUCUGCCAGGGUGGUCUCAAAGUGAAGAAGAUGGUAAUAAGGAUAAAGGUUCGCUCUGGUGUGGAUCUCACUGACUCCACAGUCAGCAGUACACUCCUGAAAAAGUUGGAGAUAAGCCUGAAGCAUCAAAGUGUGACUGAUUUCAAACUAACGUGGCAAAAUGACAAAGGUGGACACGUCUUCCAACGUCAGCAGGUGAAGGUCGCCGAAAAGAAAGAAUGCUCAUCGUUGAGCAGAACUGCCAACGUCAUUUCCCGCCAAGUGUUGGAGUUUAAGUCAAACUGAGGAGUGGGUUGAAUUGUGCUGUUGAAGAAUUGAGAAUGAUCAUGAUGAUGAUUUAAUAUGUAUGUAGUUACAGUGUAAUAUGUACUGUUUAUCUAUCUAUACUGUUCAGCUUAAUACAAACUGAUGAAUGUAUCUUCUUUAACUGUAAUUAA